AUGAAGAUAUUGUUAUGCUCCUUGCUUGCAACGAGCGGAGUAGUGACCGGCUGGUUCGUGGAGAAGGAGAUCACCGGAUUCGCGAACCAGCCGGUUGAAAUCCCGCUCACAUGGGAAGAAGAAGAUACUGAAGAUUUAUCGAUCUGUUUAUACGCAAGAAGCACCAAUGAAUCCUCGAUCGUGUGUGCGGACCGAACAGACUCCAAGAUUGAAGUGCCGGCAAAUACCCUUCCGGCUGGCAAUCACAAAAUGAUCCUGUUAGAAAGAUCACAGACCGCCUCGGACCAGCUCAUGCCAGUUCCCAACGAAAAUUCCCAAGAUGCCUCAUUUUCUCAACAGUUCAUUCUCAGACUAAAUCGAAAUUACAGUCUAUUCAUUGUCGAUCAAAGUAUUGGUUGGCUUUACUUCUUUUUGUGGUCGGUGUCCUUCUACCCGCAAGUAAUCAUGAAUUUCCGUCGAAAGAGCGUCGUUGGCUUUGGAUUCGAUUAUUUGGGCUAUGACUACGUCGGCUUUGCUGCUUUCUCGCUUUACAACUGUCUCUUGUUCUGGAGUCCUGCUGUGUUUAAUCUUUAUUUGGACAAUUAUCCUGGUGCAAGCAACCCUAUCCAACUAAACGAUGUGCUUUUCUGUCUUCACGCUGUGCUCAUACAAACAGUGAAUCUUUAUCAAUGCCUUACCUACGAACGUGGAGGACAAUCAUUAUCAAAAGUCUGUGUUUCUAUCCUUGUGCUCGUCGGAGUUGUUACAACUGCGCUAGUGAUCGUAGCUCAUCUGGGUUUGUCCGAAAAUAUCGGCUGGUUUCAAAUUCUGCUCAUGGGCAGCUAUAUCAAAGUUGGAAGUAGUGUUAUCAAGUACAUUCCUCAAGUACUGCUCAACUACAAGCGUAAAUGCACUCUGGGCUAUGCGAUCGACAUGGCUAUUCUCGAUCUGAGUGGAGGAACUGCUUGCUAUCUUCAAGUCAUCGUUCAAUCCGUCAAUGCUAAUGAUAUGACAAUCAUAACUGGCAACUCUGGUAAAUUGGGAAUCGGGCUGGUGUCUGUCUUUUUCGACAUCAUUUUACUGACUCAGCAUUUCUGCUUGUAUGGAAAGAACAAUGAACAAAAACUGCUAGAGCUGGAGAAAGAAGUUGACGAGGAAAAAUCACCCUUUGUUUCUCAGCGAUUGGGAUCAUUCUUGGGAUCUCGCGUUGGCUUUUCUCCAACCACCUCUGCAGUUCUUUACCACGGCGGCCGCGGCGAUCUUCUCGCUUCCACAGCCUCCUUCCGAGAUGUUUUCAAUUCUAAAAUGGACGUUCAACAAGAAGAAGUUUGGGCAAAUGUAAUGGAGUCUGUGACAGGCUCAAGGCCUGGAUUCGGAUUGGAUUCAAGUGAAGGGUUUCAACGCAGCUCUAAGUGA